AUGAAGGUCACCACUGCCAGUGUUGCGGCUUUGGCCGCCGGCGCUAUUGCUGCGCCCUCAAACACCACCCCUCGCUCAGCUAACAAGGCUGCUGCUGCUUGCUCCUCAGCUGUCACCCUCGAUGCGAGCACCAACGAGGUCAAGAAGGCUGUUGAGCAGAUGACCGAUGCGACCUUGAAGUCUUCGGCCGAAAAGGUUGCCGACGUCGGUAGCUUCUUGUGGCUCGACAACAUCGCCAACAUUGCCAAGUUCGACCCCGCUGUCGCGGACCUUCCUUGCGAGGAUAUCCUUGGUCUUGUCAUCUACGACUUGCCCGGCCGUGACUGUGCCGCCAAGGCCUCCAACGGUGAGCUCAAGUACAACGAGCUCGACCGAUACAAGACUGAAUACAUCGACCCCAUCGUCGUCGCCAAGAUCAAGGCCAACCCCAACUCGGCUUUCGCUCUUCUGAUCGAGCCCGACUCUCUCCCCAAUUUGGUCACCAACGCCGACCUCAGCACUUGCCAGGAGAGCAAGACCUCCUACGAGGAGGGUGUUGCUUACGCUCUUAAGAGCCUCAACCUUCCCAACGUCGUUAUGUAUAUCGACGCUGGUCACGGUGGCUGGCUCGGCUGGGACGCCAACCUUAAGCCCGGUGCUGAGGGUCUUGCCAAGGUUUACAAGGCCGCCGGCAGCCCCAAGCAGGUUCGUGGUUACGCCACCAACAUUGCUGGCUGGAACUCUUGGGACGAGGAGCCUGGUGAGUUCUCGGACGCGUCCGACGCCAAGUACAACUCGUGCCAGAACGAGAAGACAUACGUCACCAAGUUCUCGGCUGCCCUUAAGACGGCUGGCUUCCCCGAGCACGCCAUCGUCGACACUGGCCGUAACGCCGUUACUGGCCUCCGUGAGGAAUGGGGUGACUGGUGCAACGUUAAGGGUGCCGGUUUCGGUGUCCGCCCGACUGCUGACACUGGCCUCGAGCUAGCUGAUGCCUUCGUCUGGGGUAAGCCUGGUGGUGAGUCUGACGGUACUAGCGAUGAGAGUGCUACCCGUUACGACUCUUUCUGCGGAAAGCCCGAUGCCUACAAGCCCUCUCCCGAAGCCGGUGAGUGGAACCAGCCCUACUUCGAGGAGCUCCUUAAGAACGCCAAGCCCCAGUUCUAA